GCGGCCGUUUGUUCUGCUGCUUUCUGUUUUUUCCAUAUGCUGCGAACCAAAAAGGCGAGUCUUAUUGCCAUGAUAAAUGGAGCCAUUGCAGGUUUGGCUGGUAUUACUCCUACUUCUGGCUAUAUUACUGUACCCAGCUCUAUUGUAUGUGCUUUUAUUAUUGCAGUUUUUGCAACCGUAUCUGUUUAUUUGAUCAAACACAAAUUACGCAUUGAUGAUGCGCUUGAUGUUUCCAGCAUCCAUGGGGUACCCGGAUUGGUUGGGGCCGUUUUUAUUGGGUUUUCCGGAUCUUCAGCCGUCGGUGGUGCGGAUGGGUUGCUUUACGGAGGAGGUAUAAGACUACUUGGAUUACAAUGCCUGGGUUGUAUUGUGGCUGCUACAUGGGCAGGAUUUUGGACAUUUGUUAUAUUACUUAUCAUUGGGCGAUUUUAUCGACUACGAGUAACAGACGAACAGGAACACCACGGGCUAGAUCACGGACAGCAUAGCGAAGUUGCAUGGAUUUUACAGGGGUCAAAUGUUGGAGGAGACGCUUUACCAAUAAAGAACCGAAAACAUGUAAAACAGGUUCGAAACAGCAGCCUGUUUAUUGGAGAAACUGGCACAUACAUUGUAGAAAAAGAAAGGGGUGACUCUAUCUUGGUAGUUGAGAGAGUGAAUAAUGACGAAGUUGACAUUGAUGACGACCCUCGCGAAGAGGGUUUUAAUACAAUGACUUUGGCAGUGAAUGCUGAUGCAAGGAAUGAGAUUGCUACCGAUAUUGACGAACGGCUAAUCAAUUGCAGCUGA